GCCAGAGUCGCACAUGGCAAGACACUUUUUUUUUGCUGGCUGCAUAUAAUCAUUAACUUAGAAGGGAAAGCUCUCUUUUUUAUUAUUUCACUGCUGUCACGUGCUGGUUCUCAAGAAGCAAGUUCUACUAGUUCCAUCAUGGGAAAGGGAAGACCAAGCCGACCAGGCUCAGCCAACGCUCAGCCGAGCACAGCAACGGAGAUGUUGAAACUGAAGCGAGAGAUUGGGCUGGCCAGCGCAGUGUCAUUAAUUGCUGGCACUAUGAUCGGCUCGGGGAUUUUCAUGUCCCCGGAGUGGGUGCUGCGUAACAUAGGCAGCCUGGCCGGCAGCCUCAUCAUUUGGGCAUCAUGUGGCUUACUGUCCACUUUUGGGGCCCUGUCCUAUGCUGAGCUGGGAACUUUGAUUAAAGAGUCAGGAGGUGAAUAUAUCUACAUCCUGCGGACCUUUGGCUCCCUCCCCGCUUUUCUCUUUGCCUUUACCUCUGUCAUUGUCGUGAGACCCGCCGGCGUGGCGGCCAUCUCCUUGAGCUUUGCUGAAUACACUGUGGCCGCCUUUCAUCCUGGGUGCCCUUCGCCCCAGGUAGCGGUCAAAUGCACAGCUGUGGCCUGCAUCCUGCUUUUAACUCUCAUCAACUGCCUCAGCGUCAGGCUGGCCACCUCUGUCAUGAACGUCUUCACGGUGGCCAAGCUGCUGGCGUUGCUGGUCAUCGUGGCGGGAGGCGUGGUGCUGCUCGUUCAGGGGGAAACACACCGUUUCCAGAAUGCCUUUCAAAACACAAGGUUGGAAGCCGGGGUUAUCGGGAUUGCGUUCUAUCAAGGGCUUUGGUCUUUCGAUGGCUGGAACAACUUGAACUAUGUGACUGAGGAGAUUAAGAAGCCGGAGGUGAACCUUCCAAGGGCCAUGAUGAUUGCUAUUCCUCUAGUAACGUGCUUCUAUUUGCUGGUAAUGUGAGCUAUUUUGUAGCCAUGACUCCUGCUGAACUUCUGUCUUCAGGUGCUGUGGCCAUUACGUGGGGG